UUCCAGGUCAUGCGCUCCAGUCUAUACCAGCUUUUCUUGUACGCCCCCCAGGAGUUCCCUACACUGGAGAAGAUGAACCCGUCCUGUACGCCGCUGCCUCGCGGGAACAUCCUAUUAUCGCACGGAGCGCUCAACAACGACAGCAUGAGACUCCUCCACAGACACAGCCCGCUUGUGGUAUUGGGCUCCGUGCGCCAUUCAUCCUCCUCGCUCUCAUCUCACACCUCCAGCGACACUGGGACCACACCCACCGCGGUGGACAGCGAGAACGAGGACCCCUACUCUAUGCAGAUGCUGCUACCCCACUCCCUCAACGCUGGAUCCAUCACUAACGUUUCUGCGUUAUCUUCAUCCUACACAAGUCCCUCCUCCUCCAGCCUCAGCUCCACCCAUUCUGCACCAUCUCAGCUUGUAAACUCCGCCCCCUCUAGCACACGAGGUUCUCCCUCCCUGCCUGAUAAAUACAGACAUUCGCGAGAUUUGGUGAUGCUGCUUCCGGCACCACGGGACCGGCCCAGUAGCGCCAUGUAUCAAACUGGUGCCGACAAUGCACAG